AUGGACUACGUUACCCAUCUUCCCAAAGAGGACCCCUCCGUUGCCACCACAUCAAUUUACAAUUUAAAAUACACGUACCCAGUCAAAUACUACGAUUUCCACAUUUACUACUUCGCCCACAAUGAAAAGUCAACAAGUGAGUCAGAUGCAUUACGCGCAAAGCUACUCGCUGAUUUUCCAAAAGACACUGCCAAUGGGUCCAUCUUGGUUAAGAAAUUACCCAAUGACAAAAUCAUUGGACCGCAUCCUACACAAUUUUGGGAAGCUGAUGUCUUGAGACCUGAAGUGUUUGUUCAAGUCUUGAGUUGGUUUCAAUUGAAUCAUGGCAACUUGCUGGUGUUGAUCCAUCCUCAGACUGGUGAUGAUUUGAAAGAUCAUUUUGAUCAUGCGUUGUGGUUGGGCGAUAAAUUGCCCUUGUUUGAUGUGUUUGGCCCCGUGAAAGGCGAAAUCCCUGAGUUUGGUGUCAAGGGCGGCAAACGAAUCAAGGUGGAUGAUUUUGAUAGUCAUAAAACUGUCUUGUAA